AAAUUGCCAAAAUUCUAACACAAACAUAACAAAAAAAUCUGUAAAAACAUUUCCAUAUUUGUUGUCGGUCUAGACUCUAAGUCUACUGCUUCCCUCCUUGGUCAUUACCUCAAACCCUCGAAACAGGGAAAGCAACUCAAUCAAGAAUUCAUCUAUGGCGAAACCCUCUAAACAACUAUAUUCAUCAGAAGAUGCUUCCAAUUCGUCCGAAGAAGACCAAGUUAAUGACCAAAUCGAUGAAGACGACGAUGAAGAACUUGAAGCUGUUGCUAGACCUGUCGAUUCUGAUGAAGAAGAUGCUGAUGAAGAUGUUCCUCCUACUGAUGACCUAGAAGAUGACUUUGAGGAUGCAAACGUUGGUAGUAAUGAAAUUUCAAAGCGUGAAAGAGCGAGGUUAAAAGAAAUGCAGAAGCUAAAGAAGCAGAAGAUUCAAGAAAUAUUGGACAAGCAAAAUGCUGCAGUUGAUGCUGACAUGAAUAAUAAGGGUAAGGGGCGUUUGAAGUACCUUCUUCAGCAGACAGAGAUAUUUGCUCAUUUUGCCAAGGGUGAACAAUCGGCUUCCCAAAAGGCCAAGGGAAGGGGACGACAUGCUUCAAAGGUGACUGAAGAAGAGGAAGAUGAGGAAUAUCUUAAAGAAGAAGAAACUGGGACUGCAAAUACAAGGCUUGUCACACAACCUUCUUGUAUACAAGGAAAGAUGAGAGACUACCAGCUUGCGGGAUUGAACUGGCUCAUUCGUUUAUAUGAGAAUGGUAUAAAUGGAAUCCUUGCCGAUGAAAUGGGUCUUGGUAAAACUCUGCAAACUAUCUCUUUGAUGGGUUAUCUUCAUGAGUUUAGAGGCAUCACUGGGCCGCACAUGGUUGUUGCUCCAAAAUCAACCCUUGGCAACUGGAUGAAUGAAAUAAAGCGCUUUUGUCCAAUUUUGCGGGCUGUAAAAUUUCUGGGAAAUCCUGAGGAAAGGAGGCAUAUACGUGAGGAUUUGUUGGUUGCUGGAAAAUUUGAUGUCUGUGUUACUAGUUUUGAAAUGGCAAUUAAAGAGAAGUCUUGUUUGCGUCGCUUUAGUUGGCGAUACAUCAUCAUUGAUGAAGCACAUAGAAUCAAAAAUGAGAACUCUCUUCUAUCAAAAACGAUGAGGCUCUAUAAUACCAACUACCGUUUACUCAUCACUGGAACUCCACUUCAGAAUAAUCUCCAUGAACUUUGGUCACUUCUCAACUUCUUGUUACCAGAGAUUUUUAGUUCAGCGGAGACAUUUGAUGAGUGGUUUCAGAUAUCUGGGGAUAAUGACCAGCAGGAGGUCGUUCAACAACUUCAUAAGGUCCUCAGACCCUUUCUUCUUCGGAGGCUGAAGUCAGAUGUUGAGAAAGGUUUACCCCCAAAAAAAGAAACAAUCCUUAAAGUGGGCAUGUCUCAAAUGCAAAAGCAGUACUAUAGAGCUUUACUACAGAAGGACCUUGAAGUUGUUAAUGCUGGUGGAGAGCGUAAACGCCUUCUAAAUAUUGCAAUGCAACUGAGAAAAUGUUGCAAUCACCCAUAUUUGUUCCAAGGUGCUGAACCUGGUCCUCCCUACACCACAGGAGAUCACUUGAUUACAAAUGCUGGCAAAAUGGUUUUGCUGGAUAAGUUGCUUCCUAAGUUAAAGGAGCGCGGAUCUAGGGUUUUAAUCUUUUCACAGAUGACAAGGUUGCUUGAUAUUUUGGAGGAUUAUCUUAUGUUUCGUGGUCACCAGUAUUGUCGGAUAGACGGUAAUACUGGUGGGGAUGAUCGUGAUGCUUCCAUUGAGGCUUUUAAUAAGCCAGGAAGUGAAAAGUUUGCUUUCUUACUGUCAACACGAGCUGGAGGUCUUGGAAUUAAUCUUGCAACUGCAGACAUUGUUAUUCUUUAUGACAGUGACUGGAAUCCGCAAGUUGAUUUGCAAGCACAGGACAGAGCCCACAGGAUUGGACAAAAGAAGGAGGUUCAAGUUUUCCGUUUCUGUACGGAGUUUACUAUCGAGGAAAAAGUGAUUGAGAGAGCUUAUAAGAAACUUGCGCUUGAUGCAUUGGUUAUUCAACAAGGACGACUGGCAGAGCAAAAGACUGUUAACAAGGAUGAGCUGCUCCAAAUGGUGAGAUUUGGUGCUGAAAUGGUUUUUAGCUCUGGGGAUAGCACAAUCACUGAUGAAGAUAUAGAUCGAAUUAUUGCCAAAGGAGAAGAGGCAACUGCUGAGCUUGAUGCAAAAAUGAAAAAAUUCACAGAGGAUGCCAUUAAGUUUAAAAUGGAUGACACGGCUGAUCUCUAUGAUUUUGAUGAUGACAAGGAUGAAAACAAGGUAGACUUCAAGAAACUUGUGAGUGACAACUGGAUUGAGCCACCAAAACGAGAGAGAAAGCGCAAUUAUUCAGAAUCAGAAUAUUUCAAGCAAACCAUGCGCCAAAGUGGUCCUGCUAGGCCUAAGGAACCUCGUAUACCUCGCAUGCCUCAGUUGCAUGACUUUCAGUUUUUUAACACUCAAAGGCUUACUGAACUCUAUGAAAAGGAAGUGCGUCAUCUCAUGCAAACCCAUCAGAAAAAUCAGAUUAAAGAUUCAAUAGAUGUGGAUGAGCCUGAUGAAAUGACAGAUCCACCAUUGACUUCUGAAGAACAGGACGAAAAGGAUCGUUUGUUAGAGGAGGGUUUCUCAACAUGGACUCGGAGAGAUUUUAAUACCUUUAUUAGGGCUUGUGAGAAGUUUGGUAGGAAUGAUAUAAAGAGCAUUGCUAUCGAGAUGGAAGGAAAAACAUAUGAGGAAGUUGAAAGAUAUGCCAAAGUUUUCAAAGAGAGAUACAAAGAAUUAAAUGAUUAUGAUAGGAUUAUCAAGAAUAUUGAGCGAGGUGAGGCUAGGAUUUCUAGGAAAGAUGAGAUUAUGAAGGCAAUUGGGAAGAAGCUGGAUCGAUACAAAAAUCCCUGGUUGGAGCUGAAGAUCCAGUAUGGUCAGAACAAAGGGAAACUAUACAACGAAGAAUGUGAUCGUUUUAUGAUUUGCAUGGUUCACAAACUUGGAUAUGGAAAUUGGGAUGAGUUAAAGGCUGCUUUCCGAACUUCUCCGUUGUUUCGUUUUGAUUGGUUUGUUAAAUCGCGCACCACUCAAGAACUUGCAAGGAGAUGUGAUACACUUAUUCGUCUGGUUGAAAGGGAGAAUCAGGAAUAUGAUGAGAGGGAGAGGCAGGCACGUAAAGAGAAGAAGCUUGCCAAGAAUGCCACACCCUCUAAGCGUGGUGCAGGUCGUCAGCAAGCUGAAAGCCCCACUUCUUCGAAGAAAAGGAAGCAGCUAACGAUGGAUGACUUUACUGCUGGCUCGGGGAAGAGAAGGAAAUAGCGGAAUGUUGUAAAACAAUAUUUUUGCCACCAAAUUUUUUAGGCCAUUGUCCAGUUACAGGAGCUCUUAAUAUUUGCUCCUCUGAUUAGACGCUGUAACAUCAUUAGAGACUUGACAGCAGCUUCUCAGUCAUUUGUUUGUGGAACGAGACCGGGCAUUAGUGUGGCUAUCGGUUCAAGAUAUGUUGUAUAAUAAUAGGUAGUGAUAGCAGAGUUAGAAUCAUCCUUGAUUGUGAAUGUGUUAUGUUAAUAGAUGUUGAAUGUUGUUUAGAUCCUUUCUAAAUGCAAAUGCAAUGACAAGUUCUCACCAGACUAUUAUGAUGAUAAACAUA